AUGGCUGCUCGAAGUACCGCCGACGAAAUGCGACAAGUCCAACUGUCAGAUGAGGACACAGAAGAGCUCUGGAAUUCUCCUUCAAAGCGAGGCUCUCGUAGGCCAUUUCAUGCCCAUUCACCCAGUAGUCCUCCACCAUCUGGACCACGACCACAAAAGGCCGAGGACACACUCUUCGAUCGGCACGAGGCUCGCGAAGCAGCCCUCCAACAUGAACUACGUACCGUACGAAACAUCAAUGAGGUCAUUGAGGGCUUGCUGGAAAGUAUCGACAAAGCAAAGGGAAAUAUGGAGACUGUAUCCCAAACCGUCGCAUCUGCCUCCACCCUCCUAAAUACGUGGACACGCAUCUUGUCCCAAACCGAACACAAUCAGCGCCUCAUUCUAAAUCCCAACUGGCAAGGUGCCACACAAGACGUGGCCGACAUUGAAAAUGAGGCAAUUCAGCGACAGCAAGCCGCUGAACGGCGAGAGCUGCUGCUGCAACAACAGCGGGAAGCGGCGAUGCGAAGAGCAGAGGAGGAGGAAAGACGGCGGAUUGCGACAGGUCGCAGUGGCCGUGGUACAAGCCGAGGUACUGUGCGUGGGACUGGGACUGGAUUAGGGAGGACGCCCGGUGUCAGCACUAGUCGCUCUGCAGCAACUCGAGGUGCUCCUACAACAGCAACCAGGCGGCCAGCCAGUGGCAUUGCUCGUGGAAGCGGGAUCGCACGAGGUCGAGGCAAGGCUUGA